AACGCCAGCCCGCCAGAUAGAUUGACAACCCAACCCCCCAAAGCCAAAGGUAAAAAUCCCUUCACUUUCCCAUAACCUGUUAACGUAGGCUAUGGUGUCAACUACGCCGCUUUACCCAUCACGCUCACCUCUCUACCAACCACCCUAAAAUUAAAUCACAGCCCCAGGAAACAAUGAUGGGUUCGGUUUUCCUGGCCCUUCUCCUACCGUGCGCCGGCACAGGCGUGGUGUUCAUAAUCUACAUCUGCCUCUUAUGGCACACGGCGAACCGCCAGAGUGAGCCACCGUUAUCAGUCAAGCCAGUGGCCAAUGACGGGCUGUCGGCGUCGGAGCUGGACAAGCUGCCCAAGGUGACCGGGAAAGAGCUGGUGUUGGGGACGGAGUGCGCAGUUUGUCUUGAAGAGAUUGAGAGUCGGCAACCGGCUAGACUGAUUCCCGGUUGCCACCACGGGUUCCAUGUACAAUGUGCGGACACCUGGCUUUCUAAGCACUCGGUGUGUCCGGUCUGCAGGGCGGAGCUUGAGCCUCAGCUCUUCAAUGCCCCUGAAAAUCCAUGCUAAAUAAGAAGUUUGAAUUAAUGUUUUUUGUUUUCUGUUAUUCAUUAAUUUUUGGUGGUAAGUAGGGUAAUUAGCUGCUUAAUCUGGCAAAUCUCCGCCAAUUUCGUCCCAGAUGAGCUGGUGGGAAGUGGUGGCAAGCUGGCGACUGUUGGGAAGCCAAGCCAAGUGUGCGCACAAACCAGGGGUGAUCCUUCAGGAGGACUCAGUUUUCUCGAUUUCCGCUCCUUUCGUAUAUGAGAAGUAAAUUAUCUUUCAUUAUUACUAAUUUUAUUAUCAGAACUCCACAAACAAAA